UUAAACUUUCUUUUUCAGCUUUAUUGAUUGUAAGCAGAGCAAGAGACUUCUGUGCAGGGGAAAUAGCUUUGGGGAAAAAAAAGAUCAAGAAAGAGGAACUGAAAAGAAGGAAAAGUGUUCCUGAUCCCCUCCACUAAUAGCUAUUAAAAAAACCCCAAACUUUCCUCUUCAGAAUAGCCCAAAGAAGAGUGGCGGAGAGUUUUGUUGUAGUUGUCUCCAAAAGGAAUAGACUAUAAACUUGGAAGGGCCCUCAUUAGUUCAUCUUAUUCAAUCUUCCUCGUUUUAUGAACAAAAAAACCAACAUUUAUUAAGCACCUACACAUUCUGUGCCAGGUACUGUGCUAAGCAAUGGAGAUUCAAAAGAAGUUUAAAAAAUAUAGUUCCUACUCUCAAGGAGCUCAACUGUGUACAAAUGAGACAGAAGAUAAAUUGGAGAUAAGGAAAGGCACUAGCAUUGAGGACUGGGAAAGGCUUCUCAUAAAAGGUGGAAUUUUUAUCUGGAGUUUGAAGGAAGCCAGGGUGACCUGGAGGCAGAGAUAAGGGAAGAGAAUUCCAGGACUGGGGCAGCUCUUGAAAAUGCCCAGAAUCUGGUGAUGAAGUGCCUUUUUGAGGAAUAGCAGGGUGGUCAACUAUUGUUGGAUUUUAACAUAAGAUGACCAAAAAGGGUAGGAGAAGAUAUUAAGGGCUUUGCAGUCCAAGGAAUUUUAUAUUUGACAUGAAAAGUAGGGAGCCAAAGCAGAUUAUAAUGUCAUAUCACUGGUAAAAUCAUAGUUUAACGAUUUUGAACCAUUUUGAACCAUCCAGGAUUUUGGAGACAAGAAUCCUGAGUCUUCCAGCACUGGAGAGGGUCCAGUAGCCUACAGGAGUAGUGGUCAGGCUGCAUCUAUGCAGGGUUGUUUCCCAAGAUGAUGACGAUACUAGGUUAAAAACAUUGAUAUUACCAAGACUCUCGGGUCCAGGAUCUUGGACUGUGCCCAUCAGGUUCUGAAAGAAGUUGGUCAAGGUUGUGAUGAUAGUCUGAUUUGCCAGAUACAUACCGCUUCCUAGUUUUCUCUCAAGGUGCCCUGCUGUUUUACCUGGAUUACCAGCUGCCCUGUGUGGCAGUUGGUUGGUAGUUUAUGAGGAUGGUUAACUUUUAUCAUAGAAAUUGCUUCCCAAGAUGAUAGUUGUAAAGACCAGGCUUGAAACAGGACCUGUGAUUUAAAAGAUGUUGCCAUUCCUAAGACCCAUCUGACUCUUGGUGGUGGUUGGUCAAACAAUUAGUAUUGAGGAAUGUGGACCUCUUCUUCACAAUGAUUACUCCCCUCAAUGGAUUCAGAAAAGGAGACUGAGAAGGAGCAGUCAUACUGGUAGAAGAAUCAGGAAAAAAUAGUCACAAAAACUUGAGAGAUUAACAGUGUCAAAAGCUCCAGAGAUGUCAAGAAAUAUGACUGAGAAAAGACCACUAUAUAUGGCCACUAGAUCACUGGUAAUUUUGGAGAGAAUAGUUUUGGUUGAAUGAUGAAGAUGGUAGUUAGGCUGUAAAUAGUUAAGAAUGAGAGGAAAGGAGGUGAAAGCACCCAUUGUAGACAAGUUUCUGAAGGAGUAUAGCCUCAAAAAAGGAGAAUUGAUGGAUCAAAGGAGGACAGAGCCAACAUGGGUAUGAGUAUAGGAAGUAGGGAAGCAGCUAGUAGAGUGGUUUAAGAAUUAAGAGUACAGCUAUCUAUGUAAGAAAGAAGUGAAGGAGAUAGUGACAGCAGGUCACGCUCUAUGAACAGCCUUUUCUCUCCUCCCCCUCCCCCUCCAAUGAAAUAUAAAUCAAGAGAGUGGAUGAGAGAAAGAGGGAGUCUUGGAGUUUUUAGCAAGAAUAAAAAGAUUUGGAAUUUUUUUUGUUGAAAUUAAGGUCUAGAGAGCUUGUGACUUCUCCAAGAUUAUGUUCAGAUAACAACAAGUCCUAGCUUCUUGAUCUAGAAUACAUGCAACUACUGAUUCAAUUAUACAAAAUUCAGUAUACCCAAGCCCUCGAUCUUGCAAGAUGUUUAUAACUCUAAUCUCUUAAAACUUUAUAGUCUGGUCUCUAAUUGAGAUUUCCUUUCUGUCAGUGGGGCAGUGUGAGAUUUAGGGAUUUUUCUCUUGGGCAUCACUAAAUUUCAAAGUUAUGUUUUGAGAAAAUCCCAUCCUUCCUUCAAAUUCCAUCCAGGAGGCACUUCUCCCAGCACGGACCAAAGAGGCAGUCGCUUAAUACUUCCAGCUCUUCUCAGAUUCUGGUUCUCAACUGUCUCUUCUUGUUGGGAAGUCCUAGACAUCUAUCCUUCCUGCUCUUCCUCUCAGUAGAUGAUUCCCAGCCUAGUCUGUAACUCCUCUACGUCUGCUAUAGCACCUCCAAGCCCGUAGGGAGCAGCCAGAAAGGAAGCAGAGCGGGACUUAAAAACCGGAAGUUUUGCUUGUUCUUAGCCCUACGAAAGUUCCCUUUUCGUUAACUGCCGUUUCCUGCUCGUUUCCGUAGGUUCGGCAGGGAAAUGUUGGGUUCCAGGGGCUACCGGCUUUGUGCUUUGGGGCCUUAAGGAGCCCCUCCCCCUCCUUGCUCGAUUUUUUUUUCCGGAGAGAGGAGGAACCUCCCUCCCGAGCGCACGCGCCUACGCCGUGGAUUUUGCAAUCGCUGCGGAGACCACUCGUGUCCGAGCUCUGGAAGGCGGAGCGGGUUGACGUUCCGGAGUCACCAUGGCGACCUCGGCCGGAUUGGAGCGCUGGGUGCAGGACGAGCUGCACACACUGCUGGGCUUGAGCGAGCGGCAUGUCGCGCAGUUCCUCAUCGGCACCGCGAAGCGCUGUGUUACGGCCGAUGAAUUCGUGGAGCGAUUGCGAGACACAGGGACCUUGGACUUCAGCGGGCCGGCUCGAGACUUUGCUCUGAGGCUCUGGGCCAAGGUUCCACGGAAAGCAGUUGUAGAAAGACCAGCCCGAGUAGCAGAGCGUGAGGCUUUGGCUUUGCUAGAGAAGAACCGUUCAUACCAGCUUCUGCAGGAAAGUGAAGAGAGUGAUGAGGAGAUCCAGGGUCCAGUGAGAAGUGCAUCCUUAAAAAAGAACAAGAAACGGAAACAUCUUAGAAAGAAAACUCAGGAAGAGGAGGAGGAAGAGCAAGACUCUGAGGAGGACAAGAAAAAGACAAGAGUAAAUGAGACCAACAAGAAGCAGAAGCCGGAGUCAGAAGAUGAGUGGGAACGAACUGAGAGAGAACGACUUCAGGAUCUGGAGGAACGUGAUGCUUUUGCUGAACGUGUACGAAAGAGGGACAAGGAGCGAACACGAAAUAUUUUGGAACGGUCAGACAAGAAGGCAUAUGAGGAGGCUCAAAAGCGCCUUAAGAUGGCUGAAGAAGACCAGAAAGCAAUGAUACCUGAACUCCGAAAGAAAUCUAGGAGAGAGUAUCUUGCAAAGCGGGAACGUGAGAAACUGGAGGAUCUGGAGGCAGAACUGGCAGAUGAGGAAUUUCUUUUUGGAGAUGUGGAGCUGAGCCAUACUGAAAGACAGGAACUCAAAUAUAAGAAGAAAGUACGGGAUCUGGCCCGAGAGUACAGGGCAGCUGGAGAACAAGAGAAGCUAGAGGCAACAACUCGAUACCACAUGCCAGAAGAGACUCGUGGACAGCCAACUCGUAGAGCAGAACUGGUGGAAGAAGAGUCGGGAGCUCCAGGCGAGGAGCAGAGGCGUUGGGAGGAGGCUCGUUUAGGGGCAGCUUCUCUCCGAUUUGGAGCAAAAGAUGCUGCCCCCUCUGAGUCCAAGUAUCAGCUGGUGCUAGAAGAGGAGGAGACCAUUGAAUUUGUCAGAGCCACUCGGCUUCAGGGUGAUGAGGAACCAUCAGCUCCACCUUCUUCUGGGGACCAACAAAAGGAAUCAAUCCAAGCUGUUCGACGUAGUCUUCCUGUUUUCCCAUUCCGAAAUGACCUUCUUAUUGCCAUUGCCAACCAUCAGGUCCUUAUCAUUGAGGGUGAAACAGGGUCAGGGAAGACGACACAGAUUCCCCAAUACCUCUUUGAGGAGGGUUACACACAAAAAGGAAUGAAGAUUGCCUGCACCCAGCCUAGGAGAGUGGCAGCCAUGAGUGUGGCAGCUAGAGUGGCCCGGGAGAUGGGGGUGAAGCUGGGAAAUGAGGUUGGCUAUAGUAUUCGUUUUGAGGACUGCACCUCAGAACGGACUGUUCUUAGAUACAUGACAGAUGGGAUGCUUCUGCGAGAGUUCCUUUCUGAGCCUGACCUUGGAAGUUACAGUGUGGUAAUGGUGGAUGAAGCUCAUGAACGGACUCUGCAUACAGACAUACUGUUUGGGUUGAUCAAGGAUGUUGCUCGAUUCCGCCCCGAACUCAAGGUUCUGGUGGCUUCUGCCACACUGGAUACUGCUCGAUUCUCAGCUUUCUUCGAUGAUGCUCCUGUUUUCCGGAUCCCUGGCCGCAGAUUUCCUGUUGAUAUCUUCUAUACCAAGGCUCCAGAGGCAGAUUACUUAGAAGCCUGUGUAGUAUCUGUGCUGCAGAUCCAUGUCACUCAGCCCCCUGGGGACAUUCUGGUAUUUCUGACUGGACAGGAAGAGAUUGAAGCAGCUUGUGAGAUGCUACAGGAUCGCUGCCGGCGCUUAGGCUCCAAGAUCCGGGAGCUGUUGGUGCUGCCCAUUUAUGCAAACCUGCCUUCUGACAUGCAAGCUCGAAUCUUCCAGCCAACACCCCCUGGGGCACGAAAGGUGGUGGUGGCAACAAACAUAGCUGAGACAUCUCUGACCAUUGAGGGAAUUAUUUAUGUCCUGGACCCUGGUUUUUGCAAACAGAAGAGCUACAACCCCAGAACUGGCAUGGAAUCCCUCACUGUCACACCCUGUAGCAAGGCCUCCGCUAAUCAGCGAGCUGGACGUGCAGGUCGAGUGGCUGCAGGGAAGUGCUUCCGCCUCUACACAGCCUGGGCCUAUCAGCAUGAGCUAGAGGAGUCCACAGUGCCAGAGAUCCAGAGGACCAGUUUAGGCAAUGUUGUCCUAUUGCUUAAGAGUCUGGGUGAGCCAGAUGGUGGAGUCUCCGAAAGGGUGGGUGAAAAGGGGAGAGCUGAAGUUAAGGCCAGAAUUCUGGGAUACAAUCUUAAUUCUCCCCUUUGCUCUUCAGGAAUCCAUGAUUUAAUGCACUUUGACUUUCUGGAUCCCCCACCCUAUGAAACCCUACUGCUGGCUCUCGAACAGUUGUAUGCUCUUGGAGCGCUCAACCACCUAGGAGAGCUCACCACGCCUGGCCGAAAGAUGGCAGAACUGCCUGUGGACCCUAUGUUAUCUAAGAUGAUUCUGGCAUCUGAGAAGUAUGGCUGUUCAGAGGAGAUUCUGACAGUGGCUGCCAUGCUAUCUGUCAAUAAUUCCAUCUUUUACCGUCCCAAGGACAAAGUUGUUCAUGCUGAUAAUGCCCGUGUUAACUUUUUCCUGCCUGGUGGGGACCACUUGGUGCUACUAAAUGUUUAUACACAGUGGGUUGAGAGUGGUUAUUCUUCUCAGUGGUGCUACGAGAACUUUGUACAGUUGCGUUCAUUGCGUCGAGCCCGAGAUGUACGAGAGCAGCUAGAGGGGCUUCUGGAACGUGUAGAAGUUGGGCUCACCUCCUGCCAGGGGGACUAUAUUCGUGUCCGUAAGGCCAUCACUGCUGGCUACUUCUACCACACAGCACGCCUGACUCGAAGUGGAUAUCGCACAGUGAAGCAGCAACAAACUGUCUUCAUUCACCCCAACUCCUCUCUUUUUGAGGAGCAGCCACGUUGGCUACUCUACCAUGAACUUGUUUUGACAACCAAGGAAUUUAUGAGACAGGUAAAACCAUCAGAUCCCUUUCCCAUUGAUUGGUGUCCCUCAAGUAGGCAUAUGGGAGGAGCCCAUCAUCCCAGUUGGUUUUCUUGUAUUUUAAGAAAAGGCAAAUACCUAUGGGACCUGUUCAGAAAUUUAGAAAGGAGACCCUUCUGGGUUAACUCCCAUCUAUUGCCUUCUCAAGAGUAAUUCCCUUAAGAUAUUGAAUCACAAGAAAAACUAGAUUCUCUAGGCUCUGGCUCUUGAGGACUAACAGCAAUGGCCCCAUCUUUCUAAAAAUGUUUCUAGAAUGUUUUAAGUUUCCUUGAUAGACACAGUAAGGAAAUUAGAAACUAGUGUUGUGGGGUUUCAUAUUCAUCUUUCUUCUCUUUCCAGGUUUUAGAAAUUGAGAGUGGUUGGCUCCUAGAGGUGGCUCCCCACUACUACAAGGCUCGGGAGCUAGAAGAUCCUAAUGCCAAAAAA